AUGUCAGGAGGUUCGGGAACCGGCGCUCCGGCACCAACGCUGGCGCCGCUCCGCCCCGCGCCAUCCACCGCCCCAAGCACGUCCAAUGGCAUGCUUCCACAGGACUCACGCGCGAAUCCCGACGCGCCCCUGCAGCGUAGGCGCACCAACCCUCUGGGCGAGCUCAUCUCGACAGAAACGCGCUAUGUGCAUGAGCUCGGAAUCACGCUUCAUCGCGUGGCAGCCGCAUGGAACCCCAAAGACCUGCCAGCCAAGGACGUCGAUGCCAUGUUUCGUGCUUUGCAUACCGUGUUCCGUACCAACAGCGAGUUUCUGCGUGCAUUGCAAGAGAUUGGCCCCAAUCCGUCCUCGCCCAAAGGCCUCGGUAAUCUACUGAUGCACUGGAUUGACACGCUCCAGCCCCCCUACUCUCAUUAUAUUGACGUCUACACGCCCCAUCUCGACACGCGCCCCGACAUUGCCCAUCAUGUACGCCUUCCGUCCGUUCUUCAGAAUGUGAAUCGACAAAUUCCUCGCAACGAUUACCCCACCGGAUGGACGCUCGACAGGUUCUUUGAAUUGCCGAUCCUACGACUAGUGUUUUACAAAAAGCUGUACGGUCGACUUUUGCGGAACGCACAGCCUGGUCGCUCAGAUCACACACUCCUUCUUACUGCUAACGAAAAGCUGGAUGCGUUGAAUCAACGGGCACAACGCCAAAAGUCAUCGCUGGGCUCCAUACCCGCCAACCAAAAAGGAUUGGUGUCCACUUCGUCACCACUCCCCACCGAGCCAAGACUCAUGUCGCCUGUAUCUCCCGUGAAGGGCAGGGCCCUCGUGCCACCGCAUGAAGGUACUGUGCCGCCAUGGACCCAAUCCGCACAGUCAAUCACUUCUUCCAUCCUUUUGCAGUCGCUGGAUCAGAUGCAGACCCGCAUUGAUUCGACACACACAGUCGAUAUCUUCACGAUGGAGCCCAAAAACUGCCGCCUACAAUUGGUGUUGCCUGGCUUGUCAUUCGAGCGCGCACUUCGCUUGACAGACGGAGCCAAGCUUGAAAUCCUGCCUGCUCAAGGCAAGCCCCUGAUGAUUCAGCAUGCUCGCUUGAUUCUGCUCACGGACUUGAUUCUCGUGGCUGAGGACGUGGCGCUGUCUCCUCCAGGUGCUCCUGACAUCAAGCUUAUAUUCCCUCCCUUGUCAGGCCGGUUCAUUGACGCGUUCGAUGACACUCGUUGGGGACCAGCCUGUGUGCGUUUGUCGAUCAUGAACCGAGUAAGCAUGGUAAUACACCUCGCUUCGACGGAGCGUAAGCAUGAAUGGCUUCAGGCGUUGAGUGCGUGUAAGUCCUUUAGUGGACACCUGCGGCCUCACCAGAACCAAUCCCCGUCGCCAUCAAAGUCUGCUCCUCAGAUCGCGGCACCGAUGCCGAGCCAGAUGACAAGUCGUCCACCAGCGCGAUCUCAGACGCUAAAUCAGCCUUCCAAGGUCCCUGCGCCUUUGUCUUCCCCGGCUCGUCCUCCUCAGCCCCUCGUGCCGUCGGGUCAGUCGAGCCGUCCAGCUCAGGCCGCUCAGCCGGGUACGCCUAGCAUGGUUCGCCCACCGUUAUUACCCGAUGCUCUCGUGCCAGGAACACCAGGUGCUCAAAGCACUCGACAUGAACCGGCUCCGGCACCGUCUUUGGUGCACAGCGGAUUGGGCAUGGCGGCCAGACCCGCACCGCCUUUAUCGGCGCCCAGCGCGGUGCCCGUGUCCAGUGCCUCGUCACCGCCGACCCCUUCAGCCUCUUUUCAUCCUACGGCUCAGAACGUGCGGACUGGCCAGGAAUCAACCGUACCGCGGCCGAGCAUAGGCACACCCUUUACCUCGGCGCAGAACAAGGCAGUCCGGCCACCUGCCCUACCGCCGUUGUUGCCACACACCAUCACGAAUGCCAACUUGCCGGGUGUGCCUCUAGCAGAACAAGACAUCAGUUUUGUCUCGCCGCCCCUAUCGCCCGAACUGCCGACACGAGCCAAUUCGCUGGCAUCACAAGACUCCUUCCCGCGCAUUCCGCGUCGUCUUGAUACUCCAGACUCGAUGUUGCAGCGUCCAGAUGAUGCGACGCGGCCUGGUGGCUCCACGGCCAUGUCGUUCGGCAGCGCAAGUGAGAAGGCCAUGGGCAACAUGAUACCACAGUCGCCGGGGCCUGAGCAGCGCCGAUCGCCACUUUUUGUGCGGAACCCUAUCCGGACAGCUACUGUACCUGUGCCUGCUGCGUCGGCGUCAGCGUCGAGCAGCCCGCCACAGCCUCCCCGGGCACUGAGUCGGUCGGCGUCGCAAUCGCAGCUGGGUGAGCAUAUCCAGGGCAACGGUGCGGUUCUGCCCUCGCAGAUGAAUCGGAGCAAACCACAGCGGAACUCGAAUGAAUGGAUGCAUGAGCCUGACGACGAAGAAAACGACAAUGACGUGGCAAACGCGCGAAGGAUGCUGGCACACGAGGCUCAAUCGUUCAAUCUUUGCGCGCAGAUGCGGUGCAAAGUGUUUCUGAAACACAGCUAUGCGCAAUGGCGCGCUCUUGGCCCAGCGCGUCUGCGUUUAUACCAUUUGCGUCCAUCUAACACGAAUCAGCUCGUGGUGGAAAAUGACAAAAAGACGAUCAUCUCCUCGAUUAUCCUGCCCAUUGCAGUGCAGCGCGUCGGACGAACCGGCCUCGCUGUCGAGCUCUCCGACUAUGGUCGCCUCACUGGCGUCGUGUACAUGCUGCACAUGCGCAGCGAAGAGUCUGCCAAUGGAUUGCACCAGCAGCUGCUCACGGGCUCCACGCGCUCGCCCGUCUCCAGUCCACAGCUUUCAUAG